GCAGGGGCGCUGUGGGGCCGGACCGGCGGGUGCAGCUGCCGCCAUGGCCGCCGAGCCCCGCGUCCUCAACGUGAACGUGGGUGUCCUGGGCCACAUCGACAGCGGGAAGACGGCGCUGGCACGGGCGCUCAGCACCACCGGCUCCACCGCCGCCUUCGACCGAGCGCCGCAGAGCCGGGCGCGGGGAAUCACCCUGGACUUGGGCUUCUCCUGCCUGCGCACCGCGCUGCCGCCGCAGCUGGGCCCGGGGCCCGGGGAGCUGCAGCUGACGCUGGUGGACUGCCCGGGGCACGCCUCCCUCAUCCGCACCAUCAUCGGCGGUGCCCAGAUUAUCGAUUUGAUGAUGCUGGUGAUAGAUGUGACCAAAGGGAUGCAGACGCAGUCGGCAGAGUGCCUGGUCAUCGGGCAGAUCGCCUGCCAGAGGAUGGUGGUGGUUCUCAACAAGAUCGACCUCCUUCCAGAGGGGAAGAGACAAAGUGCCAUUGAGAAGAUGACCAAGAAAAUGCAGAAGACCUUGGAAAAUACCAAGUUCUCUGGGUGUCCUAUUGUUGCUGUCGCAGCAAAGCCCGGGGGACCAGAAGCGCCCGAGUCUGAGAAUCCACUGGGUAUUUCUGAAUUAAUUGAGGUCCUGAAGUCUCAGGCUUACCUGCCAUCGCGAGACCCCUCGGGACCCUUCCUCAUGGCCGUUGACCACUGCUUCUCUAUCAAGGGUCAAGGCACGGUGAUGACAGGGACUAUUCUUUCUGGCUCUGUUAGCCUUGGUGACAACGUGGAGAUUCCUGCCCUGAAGGUGACCAAGAAAGUCAAGUCCAUGCAGAUGUUCCAUACUCCUGUGACUUACGCUAUGCAGGGUGACAGAGUAGGUAUCUGCGUAACCCAGUUUGAUCCCAAACUACUAGAACGAGGCCUCAUUUGCACCCCAGAGUCGCUUCACACCAUCCACGCUGCGAUCAUUUCCCUGAAGAAAAUCCAGUAUUUUCGAGGAGCUCUGCAGACUAAGGCCAAGUUCCAUAUCACAGUUGGUCACGAAACAGUUAUGGGCAGAGUGAUGUUUUUCAGUCCAGCCCCUGCUGACUUCAAUGAAGAAAUUCAAGAAAAUACUUUUGAUUUUGGCAAAGAUUAUCUUUAUCAAGAGGAAUAUUUGUCCAAGGACUCAAAUUCUUCGAAGGAGGACAAAGAAAAGGAGCAGGGAGGAGAAGUGCAGCUCCCAAGACAACAGUGGGCAUUGCUGGAGUUUGAAAAACCCGUCACUUGUCCUAAGCUGUGCCUUGUGAUCGGCUCCAAGCUGGACACCGAUAUCCACGCAAACACCUGCAGGCUGGCGUUCCAUGGGGUGCUGCUCCAGGGCAUGGAGGACAAGAACUACACGGAGACUUUCCUUCCAAAGCUGAAGGUGUACAAACUGAAGCACAAAGAAGGACAAGUGGAAAGGGUGAUGGAUGAUUACAGCGUGAUCGGUCGCUCGUUGUUCAAAAAGGAAACAAACAUCCAGAUUUUCGUGGGUCUAAAAGUCAAACUAUCUACAGGAGAAGAUGGAAUAAUAGAUGGUGGUUUUGGACAGAGCGGCAAAUUUAAAAUCCGAAUUCCAGAUGGGCUGAAGCCGGAGACCAAGACGCUUCUUACUGUUGCCUCCAAGAAGAAGUCGAAGGCGGGGAAGGGAGAUACAACCAAAGAGGAGGAAAACAGCAAGAACGAUUCAGCCCAACCUAUUACCAUCUCUCUUCUCUUUAAAAGAUACGUCUUUGACACACAGAAGAAAAUGAUUCAGUCCUGAGAUAGCGAUUGCACCUGAAAGCCCAAACCCUGAAAUAAACUCAGGUGGAACGUGGUUUUUGUCUGAACGCAUUAAACCUGUUCCAUUGUGACCAACAGAGCCUGGAAGCUCCUGCUGACAAUGUGCUGCCUUUCAAAAUCUCUGCAAUCUGGUUUUGUUCUGUUAGAAUCUGCUUAUUUUGUCACCUUUGCCGUGUUAAAUCUUCCUGCCUCUCGGAGAACGUCACCCGCCGGGUGUGUUCUAACAGGGCUGGUUUGCUGGAGAGUUGUUUGGGAGUUUCUCUUGGUUUCCAAGUUUGUUAAUCUAAAUCUGGUCAAAAUGUGAAUUUCACGUGACCCACGAAGUGAAGCUGAUUAGUCUUGGUUCAGUUCCCCCAGCAAACUGGGGACCAGAAAGCACACAAUGUAAAAGGUGAAACCUGACAUGGAUAUUUCACGUUCCUUCAGCUGCAAAUAUGUGAGGUGCUGUCUGAGAGAUGGGGAUGGAGCUUUUUUAUAACUAUGAUUUCUAUCUAGAAAUGUUUUGCGUAUUAAACAUAAUGAUGUGCAUAACUGAGAGUCUUAACUGUCCUGUUUGCUGUUCCGAAGGUUCAGAACCUAUCUUCAGGGGCAUUUUUAUAGCUUGUCUGUAUUUCCUGCCUGUUCUGCAGCAAAUCUGACUCCAGAACUGGUUUAUUUUUUUGUAGUCAAAAGGUUUUUGGUGUGUGAAAGAACAAGUUGCCCCUGGAAAUAUACAAGGGCUUUAUUUCAUUAAAAUAAUGAUAGAAGAUUGCAGUAUAAGCUUUGUAAAAUGAACAUCUCCACGAUGCUUUAGAAACCAUUUGUUGCUUAAUAGGGAUUUCAUGGCUGCUUUAGUUCUUCCUCUCGAUUUCGUGUCCCAGGCUUAUAAAGAGGUGAGCACUGGUAAUAUCCUUUUUAUGUUACUUACAAAGCAUGGGACACCUUAAUGUGAAAACUUAACAAUAAUUCCACAGGUCUGAGAGCUCCAGUCUGGCACAGAAAUCGGACUCAGGCUUGGCAGCAUGGAAAGUGUUAGUUCCUGCCUUUUGAACAACAAAUCUGCUGCUUGUUGGUGUUAAAUUCACUGAAGCCAGCCGUGGAAGGUGACCACAUGGAUAAUGUAAGUGCAUUAGUUGCACAUGGGAGUAAAUAAAUUGCUACACUCAUUCUUAAUAA